AUGUCUUGCUGCUCCUACAGAGUCAGCUCUCGUCACCGGGUGGGCAACUUCAGCUCUUGCUCAGCAGUGAGCCCCCAGAAUCACUUCUGGGCCAGCUCUGUCUCCUGCAGGAGUGGGCCUGGCUUCCAGAGACUGGGUGGCUUUGGUAGUCGGAGUGUCAUCAACUUUGGAUCUUCUUCACCCCGGAUAGCAGCUGUGGGCUCUCGUCCCAUCCACUGUGGAGUUGGCUUUGGUGCUGGCAGUGGGGUGGCCUUUGGCAGUGGUAUUGGUCUGGGGUUUAGGGCUGGCAGCAGUGUUGGUCUGGGGUUUGGAGCCAGCAGUGGCCUUGGCCAUGGUUUUGGUGGGCCUGGCUUUGGCUACAGAGUUGGAGUUGGUGUUGGAGGCCUUGCAGCCCCAUCUAUCACAGCUGUGACUGUUAACCAGAGCCUGCUGACCCCCCUCAACUUGGAGAUUGACCCCAAUGCCCAGAGGGUGAAGAAAGAUGAGAAAGAGCAAAUCAAGACCCUCAACAACAAGUUUGCCUCCUUCAUUGACAAGGUGAGGUUCCUGGAGCAACAGAAUAAGCUACUAGAGACUAAGUGGAGCUUCCUCCAAGAACAGAAAUGUACCAGGAGCAACCUGGAGCCUCUCUUUGAGAACUACAUCACCAACCUGAGGAGGCAGCUGGAUGUACUGGUCAGUGACCAGGCUCGGCUGCAGGCAGAGAAGAACCACAUUCAGGAUGUCCUUGAGGGCUUCAAAAAGAAAUAUGAAGAGGAGGUGGUAUUCCGAGCCAAUGCUGAGAAUGAGUUUGUAGCUCUGAAGAAGGAUGUAGAUACAGCUUUCUUGAAUAAAUCUGAUCUGGAAGCCAACAUGGAUACCCUAACUCAGGAAAUUGACUUCCUGAAAGCCUUGUACUUGGAGGAAAUCCAGUUGCUGCAAUCACACAUCUCAGAAACAUCAGUCAUUGUGAAGAUGGACAAUAGCCGAGACCUGAACUUGGAUGGGAUCAUUGCUGAGGUCAAGGCACAGUACGAGGAAGUGGCCAGGCGCAGCCGUGCUGAAGCCGAGGCCUGGUACCAGACCAAGUAUGAGGAGAUGCGGGUGACUGCUGGCCAGCAUUGUGACAACCUACGUAAUACCCGGGAUGAAAUCAAUGAGCUGACUCGGUUGAUUCAGAGGCUGAAGGGAGAGAUCGAGCAUGCCAAGGCUCAGCGGGCCAAGCUGGAGGCUGCCGUGGCUGAAGCUGAGCAGCAGGGCGAGGCGGCCCUCAACGACGCCAAGUGCAAGCUGGCAGACCUGGAGGGGGCCCUGCAGCAGGCCAAGCAGGACAUGGCGAGGCAGCUGCGGGAGUACCAGGAGCUCAUGAAUGCCAAGCUGGGCCUGGAUAUUGAGAUCGCCACCUACAGGCGGCUGCUGGAGGGCGAGGAGAUCCGGAUCUGUGAAGGUGUUGGACCAGUAAACAUAUCUGUGAGCAGCUCCCGGGGCAGUGUGGUGUGUGCGCCUGAGCCAUUGUUCAGCUCCUCCCUGUCCCGUGGCAUCACCUGCUCGGGUGGCAGCAGCAGCAGCAGCAUCCACAACACCAGAGGGAUCCUGACUUCUAGCGGCUCGAGCCUGGGUGGGGCCCGGGGUGGCUCCAUGAUUGUGGAUGAGGCUUGUGUUCCCAGUGUCCCACGCCUGCUGCCCACCGAGGGCGGCUUCAGCAGCUGCAGUGGUGGUCGGGGCAGUCGCAGCUCCAGCGUCCGCUUCUCAUCCACCACCACCACCUGCCGGACCAGGCACUGAGAGCCAAGCCCCAGGUGGCUGCUGCCCAGAGAAGAACCAGCUGAAUGUCCCCUGCUUCUGUCCCCUGAGGUGUGCAGACUCUGGGCCUGAAAGGUCUCCAGCCAGCCCUCCUGCUAGGACGCUCUCCACCGUUCUCCCCAGAUAUUGCUGUGCCUGUGCCGGGUCCUCCUGGAGGAUUUUUCACUAACUGUAACUAACUGUGGUCUAACUAUAACCAGAGCCAGAAUGGCUUUUCUUGACUCCCAGUUUCCUUCACUAGGAUCACUGCUCAACCUCUAGCCACAGCCUCUGGAUAAGCAGAGUCAGUGCAGCUACAGAAAGCAAUGCACCUGGGGAGGAAAAAACCACUCUAAACCAGUGUGUGUGUUCAGACACCAGAGCCACCUUGGUUUUGGAGUAAUGGGGAGAAUGCACUGCAGACACAUCCUUGGCCCACAGCCUCUAGCUCCUUUCCCUUUCCUUCCCUGGUGGGAGAUGAUUCUUCUCUUCCUGGCCCCAAAGGACCCACAAUCCUCAGAGGCCGAGAGACCCCUAGGUGCUCUGCAGUGGUUCUUCUCCCAGACCUUGAAUGUUGCCAUCUUGCUUCCUAUGUUGUUGGUUUCCCUUCUCUGGCAGUGAAUCCCUAAGUGGGUGGAGAGGUAGGCUCCAACACUCCAUUACUCUACCCCAUUGCCUCUUCAGGGUUUG